ACGUAUAGAGCAUCAAGAGAGAGAGAGAGAAGAAGCGACUGAGAGAAAGAGAGAGAAGAAGCGAAGCGAGAGAAUGGCGGCCGCUGUAUCAUCUGUUUGGUCGAAACCGGGCAAGUGGGCACUUGAUUCAGAAGAACACGAAGACGAACUUCUCCAACAACAAACGGAACAGCAGAAAGACGACACCGAAAGAGAGAAUGGCCAUUUUGAUUUCCCGUCGCUCGCAGCCGCUGCCGCUGCAGCAAUCACUCCCAAGUCCAAGAAGAAGAAAGGUCAGACUUUCUCUCUUGCCGAAUUCAACGUAGGGAAGCCAGUCGGCCCCGGAACUGGCAAAGCGGCGCAAAGCGCCAACCUUAACCGCCUCACCCUCGACGAGGCUCUCAUCCUCCCGACCGGACCCCGUGAGCGCACAGCAGAGGAGCUCGAGCGUUCACGCCAUGGCUUCCGUUCGUAUGGCCUUAACGAUAACGCAGGCCGAAACAGGAAUUCCAACGGUGAUGAUUCUUCCAACUCGCGAUGGGGCUCUUCUAGGGUUUCUGAUGAGCCUCAUAGGAACGGCGGGUUUAAUAGGGAUUCUGCUCCUUCCCGUGCUGAUGAAAUCGAUGAUUGGGGCGCCGGUAAGAAAUCUAUGGCUGCUCCUGCGUUUGAACGGAGGGAGAAAGUUGGGUUUUUCGAUUCGCAGUCCAGAGCUGAUGAAUCCGACAGUUGGUUGGGAAACAAGACCUUCACCCCUUCGGAAGGUCGCAGAUUUGGUGGUGGAUUUGAGAACCAUAGGGAGCGGCGAGGAGGUUUCGAUAUGUUUCAGAAGGAGACAUCUAACGGAGGAGCUGCGGAUUCAGAUACUUGGGGGAAGAAGAGGGAAGAAGUUAGCGCAAGUGGAAGGCCGAGACUUGUUUUGCAACCUCGUACGUUGCCAGUGAAUAAUGCAGAUCAGCAGCAGCAACAAGGGUCAGGGUCGACGGUUAAAAGUAAAGGAUCCAACCCAUUUGGAGAAGCUCGGCCAAGAGAGGAGGUUUUGGCGGAGAAAGGAGAAGAUUGGAAGAAGAUUGAUGAACAGCUUGAAUCAAUGAAACUUAAGAAGAUGGAUUCUGGGGGUUUCGAUGGGCCAUCUUUGGGAAAAAAGAUUUUGGAAAGUGAGAAUGGGAGAGCAAGUCCACCUGAGGAUUGUACUGAGAGAAAUUGGAGGAAGACUGAUACGGUUGAUGCUCCUACCCCUAGGGAAACUGUUGAGGGAGGAGUGGCACAAAACUGAGGAUGAGAGAUUCCUAACCAAUAGGACGGUGAAGAUAGGGUGUCCAUGCCAUGUUUCUUGCUUCAUCCUUCAAUUUUGCUUUUCGUGGUUUUACUGUGAAAUGCAGUACGGAGACAAUUUUGGUAGUUUUCCCAUUAUUAACAGAGAUGUCACCACACUGGAGUGUUUGUGUGCUGCUUAUUAUUAUUUAAAUUUUCAUUUUGGUUUUCAUGUGUUGGGCGUGAGGAGUGGCAGGAUUUUGCUUCUUUAAUUUUUGUAGAGAAUUAAUUUAAUGUAUUAUUUGUUCAAAAGAAGGCCACUUUUCUAAUGCUUUUGAUUAGGUUUUAUACUA